AUGUAUAAUAGAUCAGCAGCUAGAUUGCAAAAAACAGCAUUCAAUUUAUUAAGGAGAGGUUACUCAGCAACACCAGAAGAACCUGCUUCCUCUGCUGCCCGUAAGCUUGCUGAGGAAGCAUUGGCACAAAAAACCGGUGCUGUCAAGGGAAAAGUCACUCUUCCCAAGGGUGACAAGAAACCUACAAAGGCAUCAGGCAGUAAAGACGGUAACAUGAAAGAGAUUGCCUUAGUAGGCGGCAUCUUGACUGGCGGUGCUCUUGGUGGUUUGUUUUAUUAUGGACGUCCUUUUGAGGGUGAAAGAGAAGAAAAGUAUGCAAACGAAAACGCUUUUACUGCAGCAUAUAAACGUUGCUUGGACCGAUUUAAAGAGUUUCAGCAUGAAAUGAAUAAACCAAUGUGGGAUAAACUUCUCCCAGAGCCUUUGCCAGAGCCAUACCGUAGACCUUAUACGCUUGUUAUCAACUUGGAUGAAACUUUAGUUUAUUCUUACUGGGAUAAAGAGCAUGGAUGGCGUCAUGCUAAACGACCUGGUGUCGAUUAUUUCCUUUCGUAUCUCUCCCAAUUCUAUGAAAUUGUUGUUUUCACGUCUCAACCUGCAAUGAAUGCUGCUCCUAUUUUGGAUAAAUUAGAUCCCUAUCAAUAUGCCAUGUACAGACUGUAUCGUGAUGGUACACGUUAUAUUGAUGGAAAGUACGUCAAGGACUUAUCCUACUUGAACCGUGACUUGAGCAAGGUCAUCAUCAUGGAUUCCAAUCCCGAAUCUUUCAGCUUACAGCCUGAAAACGGUAUCGCUCUGAAACCCUGGAAGGGGCAAGCUGAUGAUAAAGGUCUUUUGGAAUACAUUCCUUUCUUGGAAGCUGUUGCGUUGACAAAUCCUCCUGAUGUUCGACCCGUGCUGAAGAGUUUUGAAGGAACAUAUAUUCCAGUGGAAUGGGCUAAGCGUGAGGAAGAGAUGAACAAAUUACAUCGACUUCAAUGGGAAGAAGAACAGGCAAAGAAGAAAACGAAGCGUAAUUUGGGAUCUCUCCUAACCGGAGGAGCAUCCGAUGUGACAGAGGGACCUCCACCUACCUACUUGGAGCAAAUGAGAAAGCAUGUAAGAGAAACUUUCGCAACUGAAUUUGAGCAACAAAAGAAGAUGCAAGAGGAAGCCAUGCAACAAGAUAUGGAAAAACAAAUGGAAAUGAUGAAGCAAAUGAAGAUGUCCGUUUGGGAUUUAAUGACUCAGGCUGCUUCGGGUCAACCUAUUAUGCCACCUCAGCCUGCAAAUGAACAAUCCAAUCAACAGUAA